UUUCCCUGGUUUUGGGUUUGACUGUAAAGAUGUUUCCUGCAGCGCUCACCGUGUUACUGACUUUCUUGAGCCUCGCCGAGAGCAAACAGAAAGACUUUUAUACUUUCAAAGUAGUGAACAGCAGGGGGAAGUUGGUGUCUCUGGAAAAAUAUCGGGGUUCGGUGUCCCUGGCAGUGAACGUCGCCAGCGAAUGUGGCUACACUGAGGAACACUACAAAGACCUGCAGCAGCUCCAGCGGGACUUUGGCCCAUAUCACUUCAACGUGCUGGCUUUCCCCUGCAACCAGUUUGGACAGCAGGAGCCAGGCAGUGACAAGGAGAUUGACAGCUUUGUCCGCAGAGUCUAUGGAGUCUCCUUUCCUUUGUUCAGCAAAAUUGCCGUGGUUGGAACAGGAGCCAACAAUGUCUACAAGUACCUUGUUGAGGCAUCUGGAAAGGAGCCUGACUGGAAUUUCUGGAAGUAUCUAAUUGAUGUUAACGGCCAAGUGGUGGAUGCAUGGGGACCAAAAGUUUCUGUCAAAGAUAUCCGGCCCAAAAUCGCUGAAAUGGUGCGGCAAAUAAUCUUAAAGAAGAAAGAAGAGCUUUAACACUUUGCUUCAAGACCAUUCGCUACUUAGUGUUCUGCAGUUGCAGCACAUGAACCAAAGGGGAGAAAACUGUACACAUUUAUUGCAUUUAGAAUCUGUUGUUAUUCAAAUUUGUUGCUUUCUGAAAGCACUGAUUAAACACUACUAUGCAAUUUCUAUGUAAAUUGUUGGGUGUAUAACAUUUAUAACAUGUAUAACACCCAAAAGCACCCAUUUCCAAAUGUGGUUUUUGCAUUUGCUUUCAUUCAUUCUAAUUUUU